AUGGAAAACAAGCAGGUCGUUCCACUGGCAGUUUGUUUCUUCAUUCUCAACUUUCUCGUCGCCACCCAAGACAUCGUCGUAGACGGGUGGGCGCUGACCCUUCUUUCUCGCAAAAACGCCGGCGCUGCGGCGAACUGCAACGCUGCUGGACAAACACUAGGCGCUUUCUUCGGGUACGGAUUUUUCAUGGCUCUUUCUGACGCCGAUUUUGUUAACAAAUGGCUUCGCUCAGCGGAAAACAGCUCUCCUCUUCCUCUCGUCACGACUGCCGGUUACUUCGCGUUUUGGGGAGCCUGUUUUAUCAUUCUAACUGUGUUGAUUGCCGCGCUCAAGUCAGAAAAAGACGACGAGUCCUUGAAACCGCCACCUUUGAAAGAGACUUACAAGACGAUGCUGGCCAUCUUCAAGCUCCACUCAGUUAAAACGCUCAUUUUGCUGUGGUUCACUUGCAAUAUCGGCUCGGCGGUAGCUGGCGAAGCAAGCAUGCUCAAACUAACCGAAAGGGGGCUUUCUCGUUCUACUCUUGCCCUGCUCAGUUCCUACUUGGCUCCUAUCCGAAUCCUACUGCCAAUGGCCAUUGAAAGAUUCACUUCCAAACGCGCCUUAACCUGCUGGACAGUGACAGCAAUCUAUGGCCUCAUUUCCGCCGCUACUUCCCCUCUUGUUAUUCAUUAUAUGCCGAAAAUGGUAUUUGACGGAAGCGCAAUUACCAUCAUCGUUAUUUUGAGCAUUUUCGACUCGAUCUUCGGGACAGUGAACUUUGUUUCAACCAUGUCAUUUCAUGCUCAAAUAUCCGACCCGGUUCUUGGUGGUGUCUAUAUGACUCUCCUCAAUUCGGCGGCAAACUUCGGCGGCUCUUGGCCGGAAACACUUGCUCUUUGGACUCUAGAUAAAAUGGGGGACAGUCCCAUCGAGGAAGCUUUUAAUAUAACGAAACUAGAAAAUGGGGAACAGCAGCUCUCUGAUUUCAAUGGCUGGGAUCCAGUUUUCUCUCUGUCAAUCAUUUGCACUAUUCUCGGCGUUCUCUGGUUCGUUAUUUUCACGCCGAAGCUGUUCUACCUCCAGAAUCUGCCCAAAGAAAAAUGGCUUGUUCCGCAUUCUGCAGCAGGCUCAAGCACCAAGCAAAGAGAUAUUUCUUACUCGCCACUUCUAGACGACGAAAGAGCUUCAAAUGUAAUUCUUUAA